AUGGAUUGUGUUGGACUACCGCCUGGAUGGAAACGAGAAGAAGUUGUUCGAAAAUCCGGCCUUUCUGCCGGCAAAACCGACGUCUACUAUUACAGUCCAGAUGGAAAGAAAAUCCGUAGUAAACCGCAAUUGGCUCGACAUAUAGGAGAUGUCAUCGAUCUAAGUGCCUUUGACUUCCGUACUGGGCGGAUAAUCCAUAGCGCUUUACGUAAAAGUAAGCGUCCCAAGGGAUCAACUUUUGACUUUGCACGAGGAAUGCGACAUGAUUCCAGUCUGGCCCUUCCAAUUCGUCAGACUGCUUCCAUAUUUAAACAGCCUGUUACUGUGAUUCGAACACGGCCAGAGAGUCGACCUAAAACAGACCUCAAACAUGGACCACAAGAACAGCCAAAACAGUUGUUUUGGGAAAAGCGAUUGAGAGGAGUUCAGCCACGAGAUGUUAAUGAUGACCCAUUUGUCCCACUAGAGUUGCCCCUUAACAUGCAAGGUAUGGACAAUACGGCUUCCAUUACAGGCAUUGGCCCUGACCUUACCACCGAGAACAUCCUGCAGAGUAUUGCUGCAGCUUUACAUGUUAGUAACAUACCAGUGACAGGACAGAAUUCCAGUAAAUCCAUUCAGAAAAAUCCAGGUGUCAACAUGGAUGCUAACCAGCCUAAAAUGCAGUACAUGAUGGUCUCUGACAAUGAUGUCAGGCGACAAGAACAUAAAGUGUUUCAUAAUUUUUUAUUUGAGUUGAGCAGCAACAACAGAAACAGGAAUCAUUGUCUCAAAGCUGAUACUGAAUGCAUUUUACUCUCUCUCUCUCAUCAUUAUGUCUGCAUUUUUCUUCUCCCUCUUGUUGCUGCUCCUCCUCCUUCAUCAUUUUCCCAUUUUGUUGGGACACACCUACUCUUUUCUUUGAAUGGCCAGAUGAUGAGUUUUUUUUUUUUUUAA